AUGUUUGCAAGCACGAUCCUGCUCUGCGCGCUUGCAGCCGGAGCAGUUGCUGCAGCUGGGCCCGCUGAGACGACCCAUGAUGGUUGCCCGGCUAGCGGCGCAGUCAUGCUACAACGCAAGAAGGACAAGGAUGUUGUUCGCCUGGAAAAAGCGAAGAGUAGAGAGAGUAAGAAUCAGCGCUAUGGUCGCAUUUCGCGUCGAACUGCGGCCCCGACAUCGGCGACUGCUUGGGUCGCAUCGUCUUUCUCAGACUGUGUUCAAUGCCCAUCCGGAUCCAUGCAGAUUCGCAGUGUGGAGUGCCUUCGGAUCUUUGAUGGUGCUGCUGAAGCGGAGAAGCAGUGUGCCGGCUAUCCCAAACCUCCUGCAACGAAAGCCUGUGAUUGUGCUGAAUUGCCGUGCAACAGCAAUUUGACGGACGCAUGCUUGGAACCUGCCGGUUGCCCUGUGGAUUCAGAUUUGGACACCGAUUUCUUGGAGCUGGGAUGCUUCAAUCGUGCUACGGGGCAUGAGGCUCCAGGAGCUAUCGGGGACCCCUAUGACUACACCUGCAUGACCUACUCAGGCGACGUUCCUUGUAAGAGUGGCGUGCCUUUCUACUCCAUGAGAUCAAACAGCAUGACGCCAAGCUUAUGCUAUGAGUUCUGCACAGGCAAAGGCUUGGACAUUUUUGCCUUGGUAGCUGGGGUAGAGUGUCGAUGCGGUUCCUCGCAAGUAAACCAAAAUGCCCGAGCUCACCGCAUCGAUUCUCGCCAUUUGGACUUCAACCCAUUGUUGCUCAGCCCGCAUACUGACGAUAUGGAUCUUUGCCCGCUUCGUGUUUUUCGCUAUGCAGGGCAUUACGAAGAGGGAGGUGUGCCGUAUGGUCUGACGCAGCUUCUGGAGAGCGAUUCGGAGUAUCUGCGCAGCAUCUUCUCUGGACACCUGGUCGAACAUCUUGAGGAUGUCCCAGACGGCCAGAAGGACCCCGCAACAACUCCAGAACCGGGACUCGCCCAAACUGGUGGACAGCAGACGCCAGAGGGCUACAACCGUGACUGUUGGCCUUCCAACUGUGGUCCAGGUCGUGGGCCGUGGCAGGACCGUGUGACUUCGCCCCCUGCUGGUGUUCAUCAAAGGUAUUACGAGUACGUUGUGAUUCCAUAUCACUUCGAAGACGGACUAGAUGAUGUCAGAAAAGAGGCUUUCCGUGUGGCUGUCAGGCGUUGGCACAGACAGUCAUGCAUCGUCCUGGUGGAAAAGCACGCUGUGGACAUCACCCGUCCAUACAUUAAGGUGGGCGAAUAUGACUCGGGUUCCUGCUAUUUGUCAGGAAUGGGCUGGCCGGGCUUUUGGAGAAGUGCGCCAUAUUACAGCAGGAUUAACCUUGGCUGGUGUAAUGACAUGAGUGCCGUCGGGAGCAUGGUUCAUGAAAUCGGCCAUGCGAUCGGAAUGAAUCAUGAGCAAAAGCGUGCAGACGCAGCCCAAGAGUACAAUGGACACGGGCCGCACUUGAUCAUGCACUGGGAAAACAUUGAGUCAAAUUGGCUAUCCCAGUACGUUCCAGACUUCAAGUCCUACAUCGGCUCCACUAACCAAGGUGCUGACGACCCUUUCUCAGGCUAUGCCCCCUACGACUACCAGAGCAUCAUGCAUUAUCCUUCAGGGAAUGCGUACGAUACAGACCCUCCGGAGAACGAAAACCUCAUGGGCAACCGCAAACAUCUCACUGCCGGUGACAUCGAGCAAAUUCUGGAUGUGUACCAGUGUGUUGAGCUGCCGACCUGGACUGACCCUACUGCCUGCGACUUUGAGGAUCACUGCUACUGGACAAACCAGGGAGAACUCACUUGGGCAGUCCAGACUGGGAGCACUCCCAGCAGGAACACUGGCCCAGAUGCUGCAGCAGAGGGUGCCAACUACCUGUAUGUUGAGGCAAGCGGAAGUGGCAAUCCCUCAAAAACAGCCAUCUACGAGAGCCCGGCCCUUGAUCCCACUGCGAGCUACACUUUGACCUUCGUGUACCACAUGCUGGGCAGUGCCAUGGGCUCCUUGGAUGUUGAAAUGGCAGACACCCGCGGAACCUUCUCGUCUGUUUGGAGCCAGGCCGGCAGUCAGGGCAACAGUUGGCACCCGGUAUCCUUGGACAUCACUGCGGCUGUGGCGGUUCGAUUUGUUGCGGUCUUGCGAGGUGGGAGUGGUGUUCGUUUUGAUCUUCCUCGCAUCUCCCAAGCCCAGGCACCCUUCACAGCACCAUCGGGAUGCGACUUUGAGGGCGGCCUGUGUGGCUGGUCCACAGGGUCCUGGAUUCAGCAAGACCACCAAACACCGAGCAAUGGCACUGGUCCAAGCAACGCGCAGAACGGAAGCUACUACUUGUACGUGGAAGCCAGCGAACCUGCUUUGCCCGGAGAUGUGUUGACUUUGCAGAGUCCACCCUUUGAUGGUGCGAGCGUGAGUUUUGAACUCAGCUUUUGGUUCCACAUGUUCGGCCAGGGCAUGGGCAGCCUGCACCUGAAAGGAAAAGAUACCACAGAUAGCUGGAUAGAGCUCUGGAGCUCACACGGCGAUCUCGGCGACAACUGGCUGCAAGCCGACAUUCCCAUUCCAGCGGGCUUCUCUUCCAUCCGAUUCGAUGCAACGGUAG